AUCAAAAAUGGAACAUCCAUUCUUCAUGAACGGCGCCGGAAAUACGUCGAGAGCGGAGGCGAUACGGUGGUUAUCAAUAGCGGAGAAGCUAUUGACAAACCGUGACCUAGUUGGGAGCAAAUCAUUUGCGACCCGGGCCCAUGAAUCCGACCCGACCCUUUUACCUGCCGACCAAAUUCUUGCCAUCGUUGACACCCUAAUCGCCGGCGACAAGCGGAUCAACAACCAGCAUCUUGACUACUACUCUAUUCUUCAAAUUCCUUCGAACCAAACCCAUGAUUCUGAACUUAUCGCUAAUCAGUACCGACGUCUUGCGCUCCUAUUGAACCCUCAGAAGAACAAUUUCCCUUUCUCUGACCAUGCUUUUCAUCUUGUUGUUGAUGCUUGGUCUGUUCUUUCAAACGCUUUUAGGAGAAGUGUUUAUGAUAAAGAAAUUGGGUUUUUUCUUAACCUUAACCCUGUGUCGUCUCCUCCUCCACCUACUAAUAACCCAGUUGGUUUCAUGCAACAAAGUUCUAUGAUUUUUCAGAGUCAACCACAGUCGCAUCCGGUGAGUUCUGUUCCGAGUUCAAGCAGAGAGCGGCAGACUGUAACAUUUCUUCAAGACCCACAACCCCAGUCAAUGACUUCUGUGUCCAGCUUGACUAGAGAGCAGCAGCCGGUAACAUUUCUGAGCAGAAAUCAGACACAGCCAGUAAACUCUACUAUGCUUAGUCCGGACAGAGAACAACACCCCUUUACCUUUGGGUCAAGUACCACAAGAGCGCAACAGCAAGUAGCUUUUGCAGAAUCAACAAGAGGGCAACAACAAGUUGCUUUUGCAGAGUCGACAAGAGGGCCACAGCAAGUAGCUUUUGCAGAGUCGACAAGAGGGCCACAACAAGUAGCUUUUGUAAAGACGACAAGAGGGCAACAGCAAGUAGCUUCUGUAGAGUCGACGAGAGGGCAGCAUCGAGUAGCGUCUAUGGAGUCGAGAAGAGAGCAACAAGAAGUUGCUUCUGUACAUCAGCAAGGUAAUAAGCAGGCACCACAAAGAAACGAGGGCUUGUUGGGCAACAAUCAAAAUUUCUCUGCUAGUACUGGUAGAAAUGUGAACAAUGAGGGUUUGUUUGGGAACAAUCAAAAUCACUCUGUUAGUACUGGUGGAAAUGUGAACAAUGCGGGUUUGUUUGGAAACAAUCAGAAUCACUCUGCCAGUAUUAGUAAAAAUGUGAACAAUGAGGGUUUGUUUGGGAACAAUCAGAAUCACUCUACUAGUAUUAGUAAAAAUGUGAACAAUGAGGGUUUGUUUGGGAACAAUCAAAAUCAGUCUGCUAGUACCAAUAGAAAUGUGAACAAUGAGGGUUUGUUUGGGAGCAAUCAAAAUCAGUCUGCUAAUACUAGUCACAACAAUGAGGUUUUUUUUGGGAACAAUCAAAAUCAUUCUGUUAGUACUAGUAACAACAAUGUCAGGGGAAAAGAGAGGAGUGCAGAUGCAUCAAGUCAUGCUGUUCCUAGUUUCUGGACUGCAUGUCCAUAUUGUUAUCUGAUGUAUGAGUAUCCUUUAGAGUACGUGGAUUGUACUUUGAGGUGUCAAAAGUGCAAGAGGGCAUUUCAGGCUGUAAAGAUUGCCUCGCCGCCGCCAAUUAUUGAGGGACAAGAAGCUUAUUUCUGUUGUUGGGGAUUUAUGCCUUUAGGAUUUUCCUUGGAGAUUUUUAAGAAAUACAAAGGCAAUAUUUCGAGCUGGACUCCAUUUGCACCCAUGUUUAAUAAACAUGGAGGUGUAAGAAGGCCAGCUGCUCCGAGAGUUUAUAUUGAUGAUUAUGAGGAUGUGUUUCUGGGAUUAUCAGAGUCGAGUGAAGAGUCAGAUGAGGAUUGGAAGGGUGAUAAUAAGAUGAAGAAGGCAAAGAGUGGGAAACGAAAAAGUAAAAGGAUUAGGAGAAAGAAGGCCAAGAUACAGAAAUCUGACAAGGGAAAAAAUGUUGUAGUGAAUGCUGGUGAUGAUGUGCAAGAUGUUUCAGCGACUCAAGGGGGUGUAGAAGUGCCCAAUGUUACAACAGCUCAGUCUAGCAAGAGAGCUGGUAACACAAGAAGGCAAGCUGGAAGGGUUACUAAAGAUGUUGGGAAGUUGGAUUUGAAUGUUGAAUUCAGUAAUGAGGUUGAAGAGCCCCCUGCACCUGGGAUGGGCCAAGGCAAUGGAGCUGGAACAGGGGAGGAUGGGAACAUUGAAGGGAUUGAGUUUUUUGAAGGUCUUGAUGAAUUCCUAAGCAGUCUUCCUAUACUCAAUGCUGUGGGUGAUGAUAAGGUUAAGGCUGCCUAGCGAAGUAAGGCAUUUCUUUUGUUCUAGUCGUAGCUUCCUUUUGUCUUUUGUAUGUUUUAGUAAGGGAUGAAAAGCUACUCAGGCAUUGGCCUUGAUGUUUUCAUUGUAAUGCUAAUGUAUUGCUAGUUUGCAUUGAAGUAAUUGCAAUAAUCAGCUUUUUGCUCUAA